UUGAACACAAACAUCAAACAUGUCUACCUUCGCUGUUCUGUUGCUCUGCAUCCAAGCUUGCUUGGUCCAGCAUGUAUUCGGCCAAUACAUCGGUAACAGCUGUGGCUGCGGUGGAGCUGGAGCCAUCGCCCCUGCUGCUUACUCGAGACUCGGUGCAACUCCUGGCUGCGGCAAUACCCUCGGACUUGGAUCUUAUGGAGGAGCCAUUGGGUCUGGUUACGGUGGUGCCUUAGGAAACGGUGCUUACGGUGGUGCCCUUGGCCCUGCUGGUUACGGAGCUAUAGGAUCUGGAGCAGCCUACGGUGGUACUGGCGAAGGUAACGUAGCGGUCUACGGUGAGCUGCCGGUGGGUGGUAAUACCGCUAUUGCUGGUACUGUGCCCAUCAUGGGUGCGGUGAGAUUCGCUGGUCCUGUGGCUGCUGCUGGUGCCGUGUCUAUCACUGGACAGUGUGCUUGCGGCUGUGGUGCUCCCAUCGCUGCUCCCGUCUACUGCUGAAGUUACCCAAAUAGGGAACUGUCAGGAAAAAUGGAUUGAAUAAUGACAAUAUUUAAUGAUUUUUGCAAGCAAAAAAAAAGUAAGCUGAAACAAACAAAAAAUAAAUGAAGCAUU